AAGAAGACCAUUUGGACUGUAGCCACGAAGGGUCAAAACAGUGAGAUAGGUGGAACAGUUCUGGAGGCAGGAGUUUGUUUCAAAGUCCAGUUGACAUAAUAAAAUCAGUGCAACGGCAGCUCGAAGUUUUGCUUGAAAGUCAUGGCUCUGUUCACUCUUGUUUCGGGAUCUGUUGGCGUUGUAACCCUUCAAAACCCCCCUGUUAAUGCACUCAGUGCUGCAGUGAGGCAUGGUAUUGUUGACAUGAUGGACAAAGCGCUAAGUGAGCCAGAGGUGAAGUCUGUGGUCAUCUGUGGCCAAAAUGGAAGAUUCUGUGGAGGCGCAGACAUCAAGGAGUUUGGCAAAAACAUGACUGGGCCUCCACUUGUACCAAUGAUCCACAGAAUAGAAUCAGGAGCCAAACCGGUGGUGGCAGCCAUAGAGGGGAUCGCUUUGGGCGGAGGCCUGGAGUUGGCACUUGGUUGCCACUAUCGCAUUGCUCACUCCAAAGCCAGACUGGGGCUUCCAGAGGUGCAUCUGGGUCUGCUGCCAGCUGCAGGGGGAACCCAGCGUCUACCCAGGCUCAUCGGUGUUCCUGCUGCCUUAGAGCUCAUCACCACAGGCCGUUAUGUGACCGCCGCUGAGGCGCUGCGACUUGGGAUGGUCGAUGAGGUCACCGAUGGCAACACAGUAGAUGCAGCUGUGAAGUUGGCCUUGAGUGUUGCAGGAAAGUCACUGGACGCGCGUCGCAUAAGCAACUAUCCCUGCCCGCAGCCCCCCGGCCUGGACCGUUUCUUUGAGACGGCGAUGCAGCAGGUGCGGCAGAGUGCCCGGGGAGCCAUGGCACCGGUUGCGUGCGUGCAGGCGCUCCGUGCCGCUGCCAGCCAGCCCUACGGCGAAGGCAUGCAGCGGGAGAAGGAGCUGAUGGACACCCUCUUCCACUCGGGCCAGGCCCGCGCGCUGCAGUACUUUUUUUUCGCCCAGAGGGCUGUCGGCAGGUGGAGCACUCCCAGCGGGUCCCGGUGGGACUCCAGCAAGCCCAGGCCUGUGCACAAGGCAGCUGUCGUUGGUCUUGGCACCAUGGGCAGAGGUAUAACCGUGGCUCUUGCACAGGCAGGGUUGUCUGUGGUUGCCGUGGAGACCCAUGAAAAGCAAUUGAUGGAGGCAAGGCAGGCGGUUUCGGGCAUGUUGGAGCGAGGAGCCAAGAGACGUGGGGUAGCCCCUGCAUACGGCAAGAUCAGUUACAGCUCCGACCUCCUACCGGUGGCAGACGUGGACCUGGUCAUCGAAGCUGUGUUUGAGGACAUGGAAUUAAAGAGGUCUAUCUUUGAGCAGCUGUCCGAGAUUUGUAAACCAGACACAUUCCUUUGCACGAACACUUCCGGGCUGGACAUCGACCGGCUGGCCUCUCACGCCCGAAACCCAGAGCUGGUGGUCGGAAUGCAUUUUUUUGCUCCAGCCCACGUCAUGAAACUGUUGGAAGUGGUCUACGGGCCACGGUCAUCUCCGCAAGCUGUGGCCACCGCCAUGCUGCUGGGCAGAAAAAUGGACAAAGUGAGCGUGGCAGUUGGAAACUGCCCAGGCUUCGUGGGGAACCGCAUGCUCAAGCCGUAUUUAGAGCAAGCCUUCUUCUUGUUGGAGGAGGGCGCCACGCCAGAGCUGGUAGACCAAGCUCUGGAGGAGUUUGGAUUUGCCAUGGGCGUUUUCCGAAUGUCCGACCUCUCCGGGCUGGACGUCGGCUGGAGAGUGAGGAAGGCGGACGGGCUGGUUGUGGCCGGAGCCUCAACGGGGCCGUCGGCUCGAAGCCGGCGAGGCUUCCGGUACAGCCCGCUGGGCGACCUGCUGUGUGAGCGGGGACGCUUCGGUCAGAAAACGGGCAGUGGUUGGUAUCGGUACGACAAACCCGGCGGCCGGGUGGCCAAGUCUGACCCUUGGCUGCACGGCUUUCUGGAGCAGUACCGCGCCGACCACGGCCUGGCGGCGCGGCGCGUGGACCAGCAGGAGGUGCUGGAGCGCUGUCUGUACGCCCUCAUCAACGAGGGCUUCCGCAUUUUGGAGGACGGGAUCGCGGCGGGGCCGGAGGACAUCGACGUCAUCUACGUCCUGGGCUACGGCUGGCCCCGGCACCGCGGGGGGCCCAUGUUCUACGCCACCACGGUGGGCUUGAGCGAGGUCCUGGAGAGGCUGGAGCACCACCACCGGGCCCACCCCGACGUGCCCGGCCUGCAGCCCUGCCGCCUGCUCAGGAAGCUGGUGGCCAGCGGCAGCCCCCCCGUCCACAGCUGGAGGGAGUUCAUCAAGAAGAGCCGCAGUCAUCUGUAGAGAGUUUUAGCUUUAACAAUCUCAACGCACUUGUGUGAUCUUGUACGCCGAUUAACCAAAUGAUCGUAAACUCACACUGCAGCAGAGCCGGUUGGUUACAGAGUUCGUGUGUGAAAAUGUGGGGGCUGCAGUGUGUGAACUGGAGGGCCAAAUGAUUACAAACGCUUACAACUGAUGUUCAAAACCAAGAAAUGCGUCUGCGAACCCAAAGAGCCACAACUCAUACACAAACAUUCUGUCGGAAAUAUUUCAAUCACUGCACAGUUGGAUUGCGAAUAAAUGCAAAUUAUUGCGUAUAUAUGUAAUUAACACAUGAAGUGGAUAGAUAAAGUUCUGUGGCAAAAAAAUAUGUAAAAAUUGAACUGAUUUUGAGGUGAAUUACCAAAGCAGAAUGUGGGGAUGUGCAGAGCGUAAGUAAUGUUAAAGUUAAUUAAAUAUAAAUGGAGAGUGAUGACAGCUAAGGCUUAAAAAAAUGAUAACCUCACCAAAGCUCCCAUCCUCUACACACGCGUUCUAGCUUUUUUAAUCUGCAAAAAAACAACCCCUGUCCUCCUCUGCUUUUUUUUUUUUAUUGACCGUGACAUUAUGUCUAAGAGUCUGUCCUCUUUAUAUCUGGACAAAAGAGGCUGGAGGAAAUUCUUACAGCCCCAUAGAACACACUACAAGAACCAGGAAGCUUUUAACAACCAAGAGAAUGACUUGAACCACGCUGGGCUUUGUGAGGUUUGGUUGAAUUGCAGAUUUGUUGCACUUGAAACUAAUUACGUAGGGCUGUAGCAGUGGUUACAUAAUCGCAGGAUUUCAAUUAUAUGAGCAGGCUGAUCGGUUUGCUUGAUAGUAAGACUAGUUUGAUUUACUCAUAUUGAAGCUGCAGUUUGAAAUCUGCUAAAUGGGGAGUUUCCAUCACUGCCCCAUACCAAACUUACCCCAUCUCCUCAGAUGGCACCUCACUUUGUGAAUUUAUUUUCCAAAAUAAGAGCAUUGAGAUACAGGAAAUUCUACAUAUUUUUCAGUCCUUGCCUUUUCUGUAAUGACAGAUAUCUGCUGUCCCCCAGACCACGACAGAUGGGACAUUUUAAUUUAACCUGUUUAAACCAUUUCUCUAUCAUUAAUUGUGAUAGACGUUGGGUAAAUGUUUGUCUAUAUGUGAAAUGUAAUCAUGUUUAUAAAAACCGAGACAU